UAAUGACAUAUAAGAAAUCGGGUCUCGGGUCACAUUAAAAGGCUAUUUUUUUAUUAGUAUAGAAGUCCUCUAUUUCUUCGAAAUAAAAUAUGGUCCCAAGUGGACAUUUGGAAGUAUCCGGAUUUAUUAAAAAAGUCCACGAACAACUACGUGAACAAUCUAAAAUCCUAGGAAUAGAAAGAGCUUGGGAAAACCAUUGCACAGAUAGUGAAAAAUUGAAGAAGUAUGCUUUAGCGAUGAAAGAACUAGCAACAAAAUACUGGGAAAAAUCUAGAGAUCAUUCUUCAGACAUAUCAAGAAUUACCUGGGUAUACCAUGCUUGUGUAGAUUAUUUUAUUACAAAUAUAUUUAAUAUCAGAGAGAAAGAAUUAGAAAUAGCAAGGAAAAUUAAUAAAAAUCUUGAAAUAUCUGUCAAGUCUAAUUUUAAUAAAAAAUUGAAGAUAUUAGAUGUUGGGAGUUGCUAUAAUCCUUUUAGGGAGUUUAAUAUUUUUGAAGUAACGGCUUUAGAUAUUGCUCCUGCUGCAAAUGAUGUACACAAAUGUGAUUUUUUACAAGUUGAUCUUGGUCAAACAUUGCAACUACAAAAUAAUGAAAUUCAACAACUUCCUGGUGAUUAUUUUGAUGUAGUUGUAUUUAGUUUAUUGUUAGAAUAUUUACCAUCUCCAGUACAAAGAAAAGUAGCUUGUGAAAAGGCUUAUAAUUUACUAAAAUCUGAAGGAUUGCUAUUGGUAAUAACCCCAGACUCAAAUCACGUAGGCUCCAAUGCAAAAUAUAUAAAAUCCUGGAGGUUUGUGAUAUCUAAUAUGGGAUUUUCGAGGAUAAAAUAUGAAAAAUUGAAACAUAUACAUUGUAUGGCCUUCCGAAAAUCAAUCAAUAAAGAAAUUCCUAAGAGGUGGGCAGAUAUACACAAGAAUGAGCAAGUUUUUGAUGAAAUUUUCAUACCACAAGAUUUUAAACAGAUACCUGAAAAUAAUGAGUACAUCAGUUCAGCCAAGUUUGAAACUGAAGGUAUAGUUAAAGUGAAUAAAGAAUUACCAUUUUAUGAUAUUUGAGUUAACCAACUUGAUCCAAGGAUUUUCGGAUGUAUAAAAUGACAUUUUUUUUGUGCAUAUUAUGAGUUAUCUGUUAUAAUAAGAGUCUGAUUAAUUUUUAACAGUUAUAGUUCAAAAACAGUGAGUCCAAAAGUAAUAUAGCUAUUUUGUUAAAAUAUGUUUUUUCAUCAAUGAUUCAUAUAAACCAUAGUGUGCUUUAAAAUUUAUUACUGUAUAGCAGAAGUUUAAUGAGGAAAUAAUGUACAUUAUUUCUCGGGAUUAUGAAUCGGUACUGAAAAUUAUGAUACAAAGAUUGAACUAAUAGUUUAUUUUUGUGUUUUGGCUGUGUAUUUAAAAGAUAUUAAACAAAAUUGUUCAUUUUUAAAUUGUUAAUUUUUUCUUUGUUAUUUCUAAGCAUUUUGUUUAAAAACCCAACAAGUCCUUUGCCCAUAAAUAGUAUAUCUACCAUUUAAUUUUUUGGCAAAUUUUGUUGCAAUAAGACUAUAAUAUCCUUUCUCAAGACGUUUCGUGUUCGUACCGAGGGAUAGACGAUAUUGUCUU